AAGUAGGCGUGGAAUUUCUGUAUAUAAGAACGCGACAGGUGGUUCUUAGUGUUAGUUUUGUCUGCAGAUUGAUAAAGAGUACAAAGAAGAUUACAGCUGGCCAUCAUGGGGAAGUUAGCGGUCCCGAUACUUAUUUCUGUUGUAAUCUGCCUGCUGUCCACGAAAGUUUCUGAUGGUCAAGAAUAUGGUAUGGAAGAAGGUGGAGGACCUCCACCACCACCACCAGAAGAUUUUGGGGGAGUAGGACCUCCACCACCACCACCAGGAGGCUUCGGGGGAGCGGGAGCUGCAGGAUUCGGAGGUGAAAGACAAGGAGGUUUUGGACGUGGUGGCCCAGGUCAAGGAAGCUUUGGACGUGGUGGCCAAGGACAAGGAGGCUUUGGACGUGGCGGCCAAGGGCAAGGAAACUUUGGACGUGGUGGCCAAGGACAAGGAGGCUUUGGACGUGGUGGCCAAGGGCAAGGAAACUUUGGGCGUGGAGGGCAAGGGAAAGGAAACUCCGGCCGUGGAGGUCAAGGACAAGGAAACUUUGGACGUGGUGGUCAAGGACAAGGAAACUCCGGCCGUGGAGGUCAAGGACAAGGAAACUUUGGACGUGGUGGUCAAGGACAAGGAAACUUUGGACGUGAUGGUCAAGGUCAAGGUGGGUAUGGAGGAGGUGGUCCAGGUCAAGAAGGCUUUGGAAUAGAAAGGCAAGAGCAAGGAGGUUUUGGAGGUGAACAAGAGUUUAGAAAUGGUAGACCUGGAGGUAAUGGAGGCAGCCCUCCUGGUGGUUUCGGAGGUGGUAGCAGCAAUGCCAGACCAUGAGGAAACAGAAAUGGUGGACAAUCAUGCAACAGGCUCGGGGGAAUAGGAGGCGAUCAACAAUACGGAGAUUGACAACUGUACGGAAGAUAGACAGUAUUCGAAAUUUUAGACAGAGGAAGAAUAUAUAUUCUUCAAUUGCAAAGAUAAUUUCUUGAAGUGAUUUAAUAAAUCAACUUUUGUACAUUCCUUCUAUUAAAAAACUAUUCAAAACUA